AUGAAUAGAGUAUAUAGAUUCGAUGCAAAUGAAGUAACAAAUAUAAAGUUAGUGUGGUCAUCAAAUGAUCUACUAGAGGAUAUCGAAAAAUGUAAAAACAACAACAAUAAUAAUAAUGGUGAUAAUAAUAUUAAUGAGAAUGAUGGAAAUGAUGAGAAUUCAGGUGGAGUUGUAACAUUCAAUCCAGAGUUCUCUCAUAAGAUCUUCAAGGAAGAACAGAUCAUGGGUUAUGAACCACUCACUCUCAAUAUCUAUAUGGGUGCAGGUUCACUCACAACCUACAUCGAUACCAACUACACCAUACAAUCAAAGAAUAUCACCAACGUAGAGCGACAACUACUCAAAGUCAUGUCGAAAUCAGAUCCACCAAAAUCAACUCUUGAUUCAUUUAAAGAUUAUAUCGAAGAGAAAGAGAUUUCAUUUAAACCACCAGGUGAACUUAUUUAUGAAUUUAGUAGAGUCGAUAGAGAGACCGGAGAGGAAAGACACUUUGAGAUAUACUUUGGAAAGAUUAUCGAUCCAAACAUUCUCAGAUAUCACGAGAAACUACAGUUGUUCGUACUUUGGUACAUCGAAGGUGGAUCCUACAUUUUCACAGAGGACUCCAAUUGGGAUAUAUUCAUGAUGUUUGAGAAAAAGAUGAUUGACAGCACCAAACGAUAUGGAAUCGUUGGAUAUACAACCAUCUAUAAUUUCUAUCAUCAUCCAUCUACAAAUAGAUCUAGAAUUAGUCAAUUUCAUACUGAUUCAUUUUUUAUUAUUUCUAAAUUGCAAACUCUCAGUCAAUUCUUAGUUUUACCGCCAUAUCAAAGAAUGGGACUUGGAAAACGAUUAUUAAAUUCAUUAUAUGAUUAUUAUAAAUCACAUUCAAGUGUAUAUGGACCUGUUUAUGAUAUUACUGUUGAAGAUCCAGGAGAAUACUUCAUACUUUUAAGAAAUUCAGUUGAUCUUGAAAAUGUUGUAAAAUCUGGAUUGUUAAAGGAGAUUAGUGCAGAGUUUGAUUUAUCACAGAAUCACAAGGCAUUGUUUGAAAAGAUAAGAAAGGAGUUGUUGAUUACACCAGUACAAUCAAAGACGGUGCUAGAGAUCUAUUUGCUGAGCAAGUUGAUGAAUAGACCUGCCAACGAUCCACUCUACAAGCGAUACAGAAUCUUUAUCAAAAAGAGACUGUACAAACAAUUCUUUGGAUCCGAGGAAGAAGCUGCUGCCGCUGGAAACACCGACAAGGAGGCAGCUGACACACCGGAGCGAAAGAAAGAGAUGGAAGAUGGUAAGAAGAAAGUGAUCAUCGAUUUCUAUGAACAAUUGGAAAAUGAUUACACGCAAACCAUUAAUGCUAAUCCUUUAUUAUCGACUGCUGCUGCUGCUGCUGCUUCCACUGUUACCGCUGGAAACAAAUAA